UCGACUCUGCGCACGCGCACUGGCACUCUCCACGAACCAAACAUGGCGGCGGCCGUCGACAGUGUUGUGAAAGUGCUCGGGGAGCAAUAUUACCGAGAUGCCAUGGAGCAGUGCCACAGCUACAAUGCCCGACUGUGUGCUGAACGCAGCAUCCUCAUGCCCUUCCUCGACUCCCAAACUGGUGUGGCUCAGUCCAACUGCUACAUCUGGAUGGAGAAGCGACAUCGGAGCGCAGGUGUAGCUCCAGGUCAGCUGUACACUUACCCAGCUCGUCGCUGGAGGAAGAAACAACGCUCUCAUCCACCCGAGGACCCACGAUUGGCUUUCCCACCUCUCAAAGCUGCUGGUGUGUGUGCAGCAGAUUUAGAUCUGGGCUUGAAGCGAGAGGCCAUAGGGGCGGUGGACGGCAGCAGUCUGGAGGCCUUACUGAAGGGUGAGCCUCUGGACCGGAGAAGUGGCGUGGCAGACGUUCGUGGUCCUGAGGACGAUGCAGCCACACCGGAGCCUCCCGCUAGCUCAACAGCCACUCACACGUCCUCCGGGCGUGUUCGCAAGAGAGUCUUGGACCACGAGGACUAUUUGGAUGACUUAGACGAUGAAGACUUUGAGGAUGAGACCCCAAAGAGGAGAGGCAAGAGCAAAUCCAAAGGUCGCAGUGACAAGAAUGGCAAGAAAAAAAGCGAGGCUGCAGCUGCAGCUCUGGAGGAAAGAGACAAACCUUACGCCUGCGACAUUUGUGGGAAGCGCUACAAGAACCGUCCGGGCCUGAGCUACCACUAUACACAUUCUCACCUGGCGGAGGAGGAGGGCGAGGACCGCGAGGAGAUGGAGGCACCACCCCCUCCUCGCCAGCCUGUGGAGCAGAAGACCAAUAAGAAGGGUCCAAAUGGACUGGCACUGCCCAACGAUUACUGCGAUUUCUGUCUGGGAGACUCUACCAUGAAUCAGAAAACUGGCCACUCGGAGGCGCUGGUGUCCUGUUCAGACUGCGGCCGUUCUGGCCACCCCACCUGUCUGCAGUUCACGCCCGUGAUGAUGGCCGCUGUCAAGACCUACCGCUGGCAGUGCAUCGAGUGCAAGUGCUGCAACGUGUGUGGCACCUCCGAGAAUGACGACCAGCUGCUGUUCUGUGACGACUGUGACCGAGGUUACCACAUGUAUUGCCUCUCUCCCCCCAUGACAGAACCGCCCGAGGGAAGCUGGAGCUGCCACCUGUGUCUGGCUCUGCUCAAGGAGAAGGCCUCCAUAUACCAGCAGAACCAGAACCCGGCCUCCGAGUGACAUGGCACCAACUCCCCUCAAGGACACUUUCCAAGUCAGCAUCUACACGGAAGCAAAACAGACCUCAGAUCAGUGGAAGUGAAGCGCCAAGCUGCCUGCUCGGCUCACACACAAAUACGUCUUGGAGACGGGAGAGCAUGCAGUAACCAUAGCAACAGCCGUCUCCAUGGGAGCUGUGGGCCGUUGCAUCACAGUUAAUUAUCUGCAUUUUGCCAAAUGAUCUAUUUUGACUCGCCAGAAGCCGUGGGGGCGAAUAUAACAAACAGUACGUUGCUGGAGAUUUAUUAUCCUUAUUGUUCUCGUGGAUUUUUGUCGUGUACUUUGUCCGAUUCCAUUGGAGGGGUUUCAUCUUGGAACAAGUCCAGCUAGGACUUGUUGAGCUCAGUCUGUUACUGUCAGGCAAACACCACGGAGAUGAUUGACUGUAGACAUCUUUUUCUUUGUAUUUAUCCACCAAAGGGAGCUCAUAUCAUCUUACUUUUAGCGUCCUGCAUACGGUAGCCUCAGUAUGACGCUUGGCACACCAUCUGUACCGUAGUAGACACCACCCACACCCUUCUUUUGGAGGAAAUACACAUAAAUGGGUGUUGGGAGAAUUUUCUAGUCCAGUUUUGUAAAGUGUGUGUUGUCCACUUCUACCAAGAUCAUGCAUUCUAUGUACUGUGUUGCCUUUUUUUGUUACCACUGUGACAUCUUUUCAAUUCAUUUGACUGUUUCAAAUACAGUGGGGCAAAAAAGUGUUUAGUCAGCCAGCGAUUGUGCAAGUUCUCCCACUUAAAAUGAUGACAGAGGUCUAAUUUUCAUAAUAGGUACGCUUCAACUGUGAGAGCCCGAAUGUGAAAAAAAAAUCCAGGAAUUUUAAAGAAUUUAUUUGUAAAAUAUAGUGGAAAAUAAGUAUUUGGUCAACCAUUCAAA